GGUAUUCUCUUCAAAGUGCUUGUUGACUGUGUAUAAGCAGGGCAUCUUUUCUGCCAAAACCCUCAGCGCCUGAAGUUGAUGUUUUACAGAAUCCAGAGAGUCAUUACAAAACCACUAUUUCAGUCUGUGAGGCAGCUUUUUUUGUUACACAAUUCCCGAAAACUGACCACCAAAAUGGCUCUUCAGUAUCCACAGGCUUACCGUGACGAUGCAGUUGUGGAUGAUUAUCAUGGCCAAAAAGUACCAGAUCCAUACAGCUGGCUGGAGGACCCGGACAGUGAAAAGACACAGGCCUUUGUCAGCGCUCAGAACCAGCUGACGUUGCCGUAUUUAGAGCGCUGUGAGGUGCGAGACCUGUUCAAGGAUCGCAUGACUGAGCUGUAUGACUACCCCAAGUAUAGUUGUCCCUUCAAGAGGGGGAGCAGGUACUUUCAUUUCUACAACACAGGCCUCCAAAACCAGAGUGUGAUGUAUGUGCAGGAGAACCUGGAUGCCGAGCCCACAGUCUUCUUGGAUCCAAACACAUUUUCUGAUGAUGGGACCGUGGCCCUGCGAGGCUAUGCGUUCUCUGAGGACGGGGAGUACCUGGCGUAUGGCACCAGUGCCAGUGGUUCAGACUGGGUGGAGAUCCGCUUCCUGCGGGUUGAAGACGCCGUGACUCUGGAGGACCGCCUGGAGCGAGUCAAGUUUAGCUGCAUGUCCUGGACUCAUGAUGGGAAGGGACUUUUCUACAACUCCUACCCCGACCAGGAGGGCAAGAGUGACGGCACUGAAACCUCCACCAACCUGCACCAGAAGCUAUACUUCCAUGUUUUGGGGACUCCCCAGUCUGAGGACGUUCUGUGCGCUGAGUUCCCUGACCACCCCAAAUGGAUGAGUGGAGCUGAGGUAUCAGAUGAUGGACGCUACGUGCUGCUGUCUAUCAGGGAAGGUUGUGAUCCGGUCAACAGACUGUGGUAUUGUGACCUUCAGACGACUCCUCAGGGUAUUACAGGACUUUUGCCAUGGGUGAAGCUAAUCGACAACUUUGACGCUGAGUACGAGUACGUGACCAACGAGGGCACGUUGUUCACAUUCAAGACCAACCUAGAUGCCCCACGUUACCGCCUCAUCAACAUCGACUUUGCCUCUCCAGCUCAGUGCAACUGGAAAGAGCUCAUCCCUCAACAUGACAAGGAUGUUAUUGUGUUCGCCACCUGUACACACUCCUGCUACCUGUUUGUAUGUUUCCUCCACGACGUGAAGAAUGUGUUGAAAAUGUAUCGUCUGAGCUCGGGGGAGGAGCUGAGGACCUUCCCUCUUGACGUUGGCUCCGUGGUGGGUUUCACAGGGCGAAAGAGGGACUCGGAGAUCUUCUAUUAUUUCACCUCCUUCCUCUCCCCAGCCAUCAUUUACCACUGUGACCUGACGAAGAACCCGCUGCAGCCUCACAUCUUCAGAGAGGUCACUGUCAAAGGCUUCAACCCCUCUGACUACCAGACCACCCAGGUCUUCUACCCCUCCAAGGAUGGCACUCAAAUCCCCAUGUUUAUCGUUCACAAGAAGGGCAUUAAACUGGACGGCUCCCAUCCAGGUUUUCUAUACGGCUAUGGUGGUUUUAACAUCUCCAUCACGCCAAGCUACAGCGUCUCCCGACUCAUCUUUGUCAGACAUCUGGGGGGAGUCCUGGCUGUUGCCAACAUUCGAGGAGGAGGAGAGUACGGGGAGACCUGGCAUAAAGCUGGCAUGUUAGCCAACAAGCAGAACUGCUUCACAGACUUCCAGUGUGCAGCCGAAUAUCUCGUCAAGGAGGGAUACACUUCUCCUUCCAAAUUAACUAUAAAUGGAGGCUCCAACGGUGGCCUGCUUGUAGCGGCCUGUGUGAACCAGCGGCCUGAGCUGUUUGGCUGCGCUGUAGCUCAGGUGGGCGUCAUGGACAUGCUGAAAUUCCACAAGUUCACCAUCGGCCAUGCCUGGACCACAGAUUUUGGCUGUUCCGAAGACAAAGAGCAGUUUGAGUGGCUCAUCAAAUACUCCCCGCUCCAUAACAUCCGCAUCCCAGAAGGCAACGGGGUCCAGUACCCUGCAGUGCUCCUGCUGACAGGGGACCAUGAUGACCGGGUGGUGCCUCUCCACUCCCUCAAGUACAUCGCCACCCUGCAGUACAUUGUAGGCCGCAGCCCCAAGCAGACAAACCCUCUGUUCAUCCUUGUGGACACAAAGUCGGGCCAUGGCGCCGGCAAGCCCACCAGCAAGGUCAUCCAGGAAGUGGCUGACACCUACGCCUUUAUUGCCCGCUGUCUCAACAUCUCCUGGGUCAAAUAACCUGUGUGUGUGGUGUUUUGUUUUGUUUUGUUUUCUUCCCUACUCAGAUCUUUGGAAUACUGUUCAUACUAGCUGUUCACACGUUCUUUAUAACUUGACACCAACACUUAGUACUGGAUCUUUUAACUCAUGUUUACCCAGCUGCCAUUACUUUUUUUGUCUUUUCUUUGUCCCUCCUCUCAGUGGGAGCCUGCUGGGACACAGACUCAUCAGGAUCUCACACAAGUAUAAGCCAACAUGCAGCACUCACAGCUAACAUGCCCUCUCCUCUCCUGUAGACCAUAUUUGUAGUCCUAAUGAGAUAAAAAGAAUCAUUACAUUAUCAGUGACGGGUGGAUAAAGGGAGGGCGUACCUUCGCGCUUACAGUAAUCCGCCAAUCAGCAGUUACAGUCAUGAGGUCAAAGUGGCAACAGUUUAUUUGAAGAUCGUUUCUGCGUCCUCUGGGUGCUUCACCGUGAUGCAUAUUAUUUAUUUUUUGUUUGUGCAAAGAAUGGAGGCUGUGGGAUGUCGAAUGAGUGUAGUUCUACUGCAAGUACUGCAAGUGUGGAAACUUGCAAAAAAAGUGUGUGUGUGUGUGUGUGAAUGUCAGUCCCCAGUUUCUUUCAGACUGAUAAUGAUUUCUACCUCUUGACAUGUGCUGAUUGUUUGCCUUUUAAAGGGGACAAAACACAAUGCCACAAUUACAAUAAACAACUUUUUAAACAGUGA